UCCCAACAAUUAAGCCCACUCCUACAGUUCACCUUUCUCCUCACUCCUUUUACCAAAUCCUCUAUUCUCUUCAUCCUUUCAUUCUCAAAGAGAUAAAAAAAAAUGGGUAGCAUUGAAUCUGAAAGAACAACAGUAGGAUGGGCAGCAACAGACCCUUCAGGGAUUCUCUCCCCAUACACCUUCACUUUAAGAAACACAGGCCCUGAUGAUGUUUACAUCAAAGUUCACUACUGUGGAAUUUGCCAUUCCGAUCUCCACCAGAUUAAGAACGAUCUUGGCAUGUCCAACUAUCCCAUGGUUCCUGGACAUGAAGUGGUUGGCGAGGUACUCGAGGUGGGGCCUAACGUUAGCAGGUUCAAAGUGGGAGAAAUUGUUGGGGUUGGACUCUUGGUAGGUUCCUGCAAAAACUGCAGGCCAUGUCAAUCAGACAUUGAGCAAUACUGCAACAAGAAGAUCUGGUCUUACAACGAUGUUUAUAUCGAUGGAAAGCCCACCCAGGGUGGUUUUGCCGAAACCAUGAUCGUUGAGCAAAAGUUUGUGGUGAAAAUACCAGAGGGUAUGGAACCGGAGCAAGUGGCACCGUUGUUGUGUGCGGGUGUGACUGUGUACAGUCCGUUGGCACAUUUUGGGCUGAGAGGAAGUGGGCUUAGGGGUGGAAUAUUGGGCCUUGGAGGAGUGGGGCACAUGGGGGUGAAAAUAGCAAAGGCACUUGGGCAUCAUGUGAGUGUGAUAAGCUCUUCUGAUAAGAAGAAACAGGAGGCCCUAGAACACCUUGGAGCAGAUCAAUAUCUUGUUAGCUCUGAUGCCACUGCCAUGCAGGAAGCUGGUGAUUCACUUGACUACAUAAUUGACACAGUGCCUGUGGGUCACCCUCUUGAGCCUUAUCUCUCAUUGCUAAAACUUGAUGGCAAGUUGAUCUUGAUGGGGGUCAUCAACACGCCUUUGCAAUUCGUUAGCCCCAUGGUUAUGCUAGGUAACUUUUUCAUAGGGUAAAAAAGGUAUU